GCCUUUGGUGUGUCUGGGCCAUUACUAAUAGAGCCUUGUAAACAAUCGUUAAUCAUGUAAGCGCUGCCGGCCAUCGCCUUCGGACCGGGAGCGCUCGGCGGCAGCGGCGCUCCGACGGCCCCAGCAGCAUGCCGAGAGCGGCCGCCGGGGCCCCGCCAGCAUGUACGUGAGCUACCUCCUGGACAAGGACGGGCCCAUGUACCCCGGCCCCGUUCGCCACUCGGGGGGGCUCAACCUGGCGGCGCAGAACUUCGUGGGCGCCGCGCAAUACGCGGACUACGGCGGCUACCAUGUGAACCUCGACGGCGCGCAGUCCCCCGGGCCGGCCUGGCCCGCGCCCUACGCCGCUCCUCUCCGCGACGACUGGGGGGCCUACGGGCAGGGAGCCCCUCCGCCCGCCGCCGCCGCCGCCGUGCACGGCCUCAACGGCGGCUCCCCCGCCGCAGCGAUGGCCUACAGCCCCGCCGACUUCCACCACCACCACCACCACCACCCGCACGCCCACCACCACGCCGGCCCCGCGCCGCACUGCUCCGCCGGGGGGAUGCAGCCUCUCGGCGCCGCCCCCGCCGCCGCCGCCGCCUCCGCCGCCCCCGAGCCGCUGUCCCCCGGCGGGCAGCGCCGCGGCCUCUGCGAGUGGGUGAGGAAACCGGCGCAGGCCCCGCUCGGUAGCCAAGUCAAAACCAGGACGAAGGACAAAUACCGCGUGGUGUACACGGACCACCAGCGGUUGGAGCUGGAGAAGGAGUUCCACUACAGCCGCUAUAUCACCAUCCGGAGGAAAGCUGAGCUGGCCUCCAGCCUGGGGCUGUCGGAGAGGCAGGUGAAAAUCUGGUUCCAGAACCGUCGGGCGAAGGAGAGGAAGAUCAACAAGAAGAAGCUGCAGCAGGCGCAGCCCGGCGCCGCGGAGCCGCUCAGCCCCACCGCCCCUCCGCUUCCCGGCCCCGCGGCCGCACCGCCACCCGCCGGGCUGGGCCCCGCCGCCCCGCAGUGACAGCGGCCCCGGCCGAGCGCAGGGACUGCACGGACCGCGGAGGGACGGCCGGGCCGGGCCGGGGCCGGAGGGGCCCCGCGGCCACAGCGGGAGCGGCCCCAAUGCACUGCAGCGCCGUGUGUACAGAUGUACAGUGAGCGCGUCUCGUCCGGGGAACCGCGGCUUCGGUGUUAUUAAUGUUAUUAUGGUUUUCUUUCGUCGGUAUUUUUCCUUUUAUUUUUUAUUUUUAUUUUUUUUACCCUGGCCUUUGUUAGGUGUAAGGGGAGCGUGGCACUCCCCAGUGAAUCUCAGGGAUCGGCGCGAAGGUCUGAGCGAUGCUGUUGGGCUGACGAUGAAUUUUAUUGGGAAAGAAAGAAAGAAAAAAUUAAAGCACAUUGGUUUUUUUUUUUUUUUUUAAUUUUAUAUUUUCCUUUUCGUUUUCGGUCGUCACUGAGAAUAUGCAAAGCGUUCGUUAAGGGUCAGAGCAGAGCAGGUGAGGUGGUUUUAGGUGUGCGGCGGUGAAUGGCUCCGUGUCAGCCACUCCUAAGAUCUGUACGCCCGGUGCUGAGGGCCACCGUACAGAGAUGGGCAGAGUGAAGCCUCUGAAAAUUGCACCCAGCCACGCUGGGAUGAGGAUCCCGUGUGUGCAGAGAGCUGCCAGGAGCCCACAUGUGUCCCAGCACUGAUUCGUUGUCACUCCCCGUGCUACCUGCCUUGCUUGGAGUUGGUGCCAGUGGUCAGUUUUCAAAGCCUCAUCGGAUGUCCCAGCUCUGCUUUCACUACCCGGAGCAGAAAACAUCAGGGGAGCUCUGCGCCCAUCCCCGGACGCAUUGCGGGGUGAUACAUGCAGGUUCCUUGCUGGGUGCAGGACUCAGGCCGUGCUCAUCGCUCGCAGGCUUGGUAUGCACCGUGCCCCACUGGUGGCAUCUGAAGGAUUCCAAUCCGCACCCGGCGAUGCUGAUCCACGGGGCUUUGAAGGCACCAAAGGGAUCCGAGGGGCUGUCCCUUGGAGGAUGCCCUCUGGCGCCCGGGGCCGCCUUGCAACAUCGAUCCCAGCCCGGCUGCUGCCCGAGCUGCGGUGCGUUGCUGCGAUACGCCUGUCAAUAAAGGCUGUUUGGAUUGUGGA